AUGGCUACUACUGCGAUGUCACCAAUCUUGGUCUCAACACUUCCAGACCUCCUGAGCUUUAUUUCCUCGAUUUCCCAGUCUAGCACGCUCUAUCUGGACCUUAAGGGCAACAACCUCAGUCGCAACGGAAACCUCACCAUCACCAGAACCAAGAGGGAGGUAAAGGCUCUCAUGCACAAUGGUAUCUUCACCCGUCGCCCCUUGGACGCCAAGACAAUACAGUACUGCGUCAACGAUGUUCUAUACCUACCUGCACUCUACAGUGCCUAUGCAAAGCGCACUGAUGGCCAAUGGAUGAAAAAGGUUAUGGACGAGAGCGAACGCCGUGUAGUUGAUGCCUGCGGGCCCUCCUAUGAGCCUCAGUCCAAGGCAAAAAAGUUGGGGCCUUGGGGAGCAGGAUCAGGAUCAGGAUCAGGCAAGAGACCGUUGACAUUGGAGGAGGCUCUUGACAAGUGGGAGGACCAGCAGGUAGAUGAAAUGGAACGAGAACUCCUUGGACGUGGCGACAUGGAUAACGCGAGCUACUGGAACAACUAUUGA